GAUCUCGUGCUACGACUUGAUGUCUUGCGGAAGCUGGAGAAGCACAGGGGCUGUGUUAAUACAGUUAGCUUCAAUGUUGAUGGGGACAUAGUCAUAUCAGGCUCUGAUGACCAAAAGGUCAUACUCUGGGACUGGGAAACUGGGAAAGUUGUGCUCUCGUUCCAUUCAGGUCAUCAUAACAAUGUCUUUCAAGCAAAAAUUAUGCCAUACACUGAUGAUCGAAGCAUUGUUACCUGUGCUGCGGAUGGACAGGUGAGACAAGCACAGAUUCUAGAACAUGGGAAGGUGGAAACCAAGUUGCUGGCCAAACAUCAAGGACGAGCACACAAAUUGGCAAUUGAGCCUGCAAGCCCUCAUAUUUUUUACACUUGUGGAGAAGAUGGGUUAGUUCAACAUAUAGAUUUGAGAACAAACACCGCUACAGAGCUUUUUACUUGCCGACCUCAGCGGAUGAGGAGAUAUAUGUCCAUACUUCAUCUAAAUGCAAUUACAAUAGAUCCAAGAAAUCCCUAUCUGUUUGCUGUUGCUGGAUCAGAUGAAUUUACAAGAAUUUUCGACAUCCGCAAAUAUAAGUGGGAUGGAUCCACUGAUUUUGGCCAACCGGUUGACUAUUUCUGUCCCCCACAUCUAGUUGGUGAUGAGAAUGUGGGGAUAACAGGCUUGGCUUUCUCUGACCAGAGUGAGCUUCUUGUUACAUAUAAUGAAGAGUUUAUUUAUCUUUUCACAAAGGACAUGGGGCUGGGACCUGAUCCAUCCCCUACUUCGCCAUUGUACAAUGACAGUGAUGAGGGUGAAAUGAGCCAAGAUCACGAAUCUGGUGCAUCUCCAGCUGACAUAGAGACGGGAGAAAACAUUGGUCCACAAGUCUACAAGGGGCACAGGAACUCUGAAACAGUAAAGGGCGUGAAUUUUUUUGGGCCCAAGUGUGAAUAUGUUGUGAGUGGAUCAGACUGUGGUAGAAUUUUCAUAUGGAAGAAAAAGGGUGGGGAUCUUGUUCGUGUUAUGGAAGCAGAUAAGCACGUAGUGAACUGCAUUGAGUCCCAUCCUCAUACCGCAGUGCUUGCCAGCAGUGGAAUUGAGAGUGACAUAAAGAUAUGGACUCCAAAAGCCAUUGAAAGAGCUAUUUUACCUGCAAAUAUUCAACAGGGUUCAGUACCUCGCCGAUUUCAUUUGUUCGGUUAUGGCGGUGAUGAAGAUAAUGGGAUCUACUUCUUUGAUGACGGGAGUGACAGUGAUUAUGGUGGUAGUAGUGACAAUGAGGAUGACGAUGAUAGUAAUAUGGAAGAAUAUGAAGAUGAUUUCUUCGAUGAUAUGGAUGAUGACAAUGGUGACGGCAACAAUGAUGACACUGAUGAUGAUGAUGGGUUUGAGGAUUUAGAUAUCCACGAGUAUGGAAAUCCUGAUGAGUUUUUUGACACUGUAGGGGACUCUGAUUUUGACAAUUCCUCUGAUGAUGACCAAGAUGCUCCUAGCAGUUCACACUAUGACAAUGAUGACUUGAAUGACAAUGACACUGAUGAAUGAUGAUGUUGCAACAAUGCAGGGAUUAUGUUAGUUCUCGUGGAGAUGCUAAUGCCGCUUACAUGUGCUGAUAAUUGUGCACUUUCUGUUUCCAGCGGAGACCUAAAGCAAGGGGCUGGAUGCAUCGCAUGGCUUCUCCAGAGGACCUAAUGUUGCAACUAUUUUCACUGGAAAGGCAAAGAACAAACCCGGAGAGCAAUGAAGACAAUUCAGAGGUUGGUAGAGAGCUUCUGCAACUCAUUUUGACAUUUGAUGCAAACAGUGAUAAUUCUUCCGAUGAUGGUGAAGCUACUACGAGUGCUGAAAACUGUUUUUGACUGAGUUAUUUGGUUGCAACCUCUAUUUUCAACAAGUGUACAUAAGAUACUGAAUAAAUCAAAAUCUUUUAACAUGAAUUUGUUAUUUCUUUGCAAGAUUUCUUUUUAAUUGAGCCGAAAUCUCCUGAUGUCUA